UACGUUGAAUUUUACUGCAGACGAUUUUUAGAUGAGUAAAAAAAAAUCAUACCCAUUUCCAAAUUCAUUAUUUGUGGAGUGCUUAGAAACUUGGUAUAAAGAGGCUAAAGAUAAUGAUUCCAAAUUUCAAUACACUCUUGCAAAAGCAUUGCGAUCAUUAAAAAAAUAUCCCAUUCCAUUGAAAGAUGGAAAUGAAGCAUUUAUUAUACAAGGUAUUGGAGCAAGCCUGUGUGGAAUGUUACAAGAAAAAUUAAGCGGUUACAAUGAAAACACGAUGAAUCUAUCGAUUAAGAGUGUGUUACAUGCUAGAAAACAUAAAACACUACAAAUAAGAAAAUCAAUUAAAAAUGUUUCAUAUUCAAAUACAACUUCAAAUAAUAAGAUUUCUAGAUACUCUGUCCCUUUGUCUAAUUCAAAUUAUGAAAUAAUUUUAUACAUAGAUUCAACUGAGAAUAACUCAUCCUAUUUUAAAAAAUAUGCUAAAGAUAUCUUCAUGAAAAAUGGUGUGAAGAUUGAAGUAAUAAGGCUAACACUUGGGGAUUUUCUCUGGGUCAUAAAAUAUAACAACACAGCAGACACAUAUUUAUUCCCCUAUAUUAUUGAAAGGAAGAAUAUAUCAGAUUUAUCUCAUAGUAUCAAAGAUGGGCGGUUUAGGGAACAAAAAUUUAGAUUGAAAAGAUUAUCUAAUUUAGAUAUGAAACCAAUUUUAUUAGUUGAAAGUAUGGACCCCUCAAAAUACUUUGGUUUGAGUGUAGAUUCUCUAAAACAAGCCAUUAUUAAUACUAUGAUAAUUGAUAAUUUUAAAAUAAUAUUUACUGACAAUCUAAAACAUUCUGUUAACAUACUUAUGAUGAUGCAUGUAAACAUUAUAAAAAUGCAUAAUGAUUUAGCCUUAAGUGGAUCUAAUAAUAAAAAACACCUUCCAUUAACAUUUCCAGAAUUUUCAAACUUAACCUCUAAAAACAAAAAUUUAACCAUAAAAGAUUUGUUUGCUAAACAUCUUUUGUAUUUCCAUGGAGUAUCCGUAGAAAAGGCUUUUAAAAUUUCAGAAGUUUAUCCUACAUUUCAACAUCUAUACAAUGGCUAUCAAAGUUGCUCUGAUGAUGAAGAAAAACAUCUAUUAAUAUCACAAAUAUUCAAGAAUGCUUCAAAUAAAUUAUUAUAUAAAAAUAUCAGCAAGCAUUUAUCAAUAUUUUAUAAUUAA